AUGGCGUCCUCCUCCAAGCGGUCGCUGCCAUGCGUGGUCCUCCUCCUCCUCAUCACUGUCUUCCACCACGGCUGCUCGUCGGCGACGGCCCACAGACCGUACACUGGCGACAUGGGGAGCAGCACCGACGACAGCCCGAUGAUCGAGCGGUUCCAGCGCUGGAAGGCGGCGUACAACAAGUCCUACGCCACGGUCGCCGAGGAGCGGCGGCGGUUCCGGGUGUACGCGCGCAACAUGGCGUACAUCGAGGCCACCAACGCGGAGGCCGAGGCGGCGGGGCUCACGUACGAGCUCGGCGAGACUGCCUACACCGACCUCACCAACCAGGAGUUCAUGGCCAUGUACACGGCGCCCGCGCCGGCGCAGCUGCCUGUAGACGAGGACGAGGACGACCAGGCGGUGAUCACCACGCGCGCGGGGCCGGUUGACGCCGUCGGGGGCGCGCCGGGCCAGCUGCCGGUGUACGUGAACCUGUCCACCGGCGCGCCGGCGAGCGUCGACUGGCGUGCCAGCGGCGCCGUGACGCCUGUGAAGAACCAAGGCCGAUGUGGGUCGUGCUGGGCGUUCUCGACGGUGGCGGUGGUUGAAGGGAUCUACCAGAUCCGGACGGGGAAGCUGGUGUCGCUGUCGGAGCAGGAGCUGGUGGACUGCGACACGCUGGACGCCGGCUGCGACGGCGGCAUCAGCUACCGCGCGCUGGAGUGGAUCACCUCCAACGGCGGGCUCACCACGGAGGAGGACUACCAGUACACGGGCACCACGGACACCUGCAACAGGGCCAAGCUCUCCCACAACGCGGUCAGCAUCGCGGGGCUCCGGCGCGUGGCCACCCGGAGCGAGGCGUCGCUGGCCAACGCCGUGGCGGGGCAGCCCGUGGCCGUGUCCAUCGAGGCCGGCGGGGACAACUUCCAGCACUACAAGAAGGGCGUCUACAACGGGCCCUGCGGGACCAACCUGAACCACGGCGUCACCGUCGUAGGCUACGGCCAGGAGCAGGAGGCGGCCGGCGGGGACAAGUACUGGAUCAUCAAGAACUCGUGGGGGGAGAGCUGGGGCGACGGCGGAUACAUCAAGAUGAGGAAGGACGUCGCCGGCAAGCCGGAGGGGCUCUGCGGCAUCGCCAUCCGCCCAUCCUUCCCACUAAUGUGA